CGUGCCCCGCGUGGACCCUAAACAGGAAGUGAGGUAGGAGCACUCCUGGGCGGAAGCUGGCGGUAUGGCGGAGUACGAGCAGGUACAGAAGAGCGCUCUGAAGCUUAAAGGGGUGUCGGAACUGGGCGUAACGAAGCGGAAGAAGAGGAAGGAUAAGGACAAGAGCAAGGUUCUGGAGCAGAUCGUGACGAGCAAGAAGAACGAGGAGGAGAAGCGGAGGGGGCUGGACAAGCGGACGCCGGCGCAGAUGGCCUACGAGAAGAUGCAGGAGAAGAGGCAAAUGGAAAGAAUCUUAAAGAAGGCAUCCAAAACUCAUAAGCAAAGGGUGGAGGACUUCAACAGACAUUUAGAUACUCUUACUGAACAUUAUGAUAUCCCCAAAGUCAGCUGGACAAAAUAGACUCCUACAAUGUUCAGUGGUGUGGCCCCGAGGAAGAGGACUCAUUUGUGUUUGUUCUGGAUAACUGUGGCAUGUUCUGUAAAUGCUCCCCCCCCCCUUUUUUUUGGAUGCUUCCGGCUAAGACUAUUUUUAAAGGCUCUGUAAUCAAGUUAGUAACUUGUCACACUUUAUUAAAGUGGGACUCAUGGUUAUUUAGGUAUCCUUGUGACACAUAACACUUCUAAUCUUUCAGGUUGAAAAAAUUCUAUUAUUUAUACAAAGUCAUUGAAACUUACUUACUAAUAAGAGUGUCCAACUAGGAAAGUGUGAUAAUUCAUCUUCUGAGCUAAUAGUUACUUUUAUUAACUGUCUAUAGGAAAAACCUUGCUUCGCCAGUACCAGCAGACUCUGAGGUGCUAAUUAUAGCCACUUGAUCAUUUCAUUACUCUCCUACUUGAAGAUAAUAAAGCUAUUUCAGUGUUUAAAGGAUAACUUCAUGAUAGAGGAUCUCCUUCCACCCAGUCUUUGCUAUGGUGAUCACUUGGUGACUGACCUUCUAGUGAUGAAGCUGCCUGCUUAUCAAAACUGGGUGGACGUCAGAUAAGCUCAUAGGCAAUCACUGGGGCUUUUAUUCAAAGCCUUGCCAGUUUGGUAGAAUCUGCCAGAGUUUGUGCUCCAGGGCCAUAGCCUUUCAGAGCCCAGAGUUGCAUCCUCAUCUUGAUAAGGACAUCAGAGAAGCAGGGCUGCUCUUAACUUGCUGUACUUUGCAUAUUAUCUGCUACUUAGUUUGUGUCAACUUGGGCAAGUCAUUUAACGUCAGUUUCCUGACCUGUAAAAUGAGAAGGUAAGACUCAGUGACAUCUAAGGUACUUUCCAGCUUGAAAUCUGAUCGUAUGACUUGAAGGAAAAUAGAUGAAGAGUGUUUUAGGGCUGGGCUCCACACACUGCCAGAGAGAAGUUCUGGGUUGGCCUGCUACUGCUUUCUGGCGUUGUUCCAAGAUCUCAGGCUGGGAACAUGUAAGCCUUCAGUGCUCCCAGAGUGUUCACAUACAGUACAGUGUCUGAUUGUUGCACCCUGGACUGACUGGACUCAGCCACUGUCAGCCUCUGGGAAGUUCUGCAGUUUCAAAAUGACAGCACUGUAGGCUCCCUUUUGGUCUGGGAUUUGUGCUCUGGUUUUUCCUCUGCAGGCUUCAGAGUGGGCUAAAAGCUGGAACUGAGAUCCUGCUCUGCUUGAGAUCUGAGCCACACUGCAGCUGCUGCUUCUGACAGGACCUUAUUCCUUGACACAACCCAGUACCAGAGACCACUCAGCCACUCCCUACCCUGGAAAACCACGCUGAACAUAAUUCCCCUCCUCAUUCUGACCUGGAUCUGUGACCUGAAAGCAGGAAGUGGGUGACAAAGCUGCCAGUUGGUACCUGUUCCCAAAACUCUGCAUCUGGUGCCCCCUGUGGAUUCACAGCCCCUCCUUGGGUACUAAAAUCCUCACCCCACCUGGCCAUACCCUGUCCCCAGUGUCCCUCUUAGUCUGUCUCAUUCACUGUGACUUUUUUAUUUCCCCAUCAGGAUUCAGUCUGGUGCAUUUUCUGCAUCUGUUUGGAGGAGUUUGGGACCUUACCAUAUUCAUUCCUGCUACCCUGCCAUCUUGGCCUUACCUCCUUUUACACCACCAUUUAACUUCACAACACACAUGUACAUGCACACUGUGAUUCCCUUCCCCACACAUGCCAUAGUAUCUGCUCCCACCCCCCUCCCCCCCCCAAAAAAAAGGCAGUUAAGCCAAAUUUUUUGAUACUGUGGCUAAGAGAACCAGUCCACAUUGGUUGUUAACCAUUUCUUAACAAAGAACAUGGACUUGUGUUUUAACUUGAGCUAUCCAGAACAACAAUGUCCAUUAUAUUUAA